ACUGCAGUUGAACCAUUCCUUCGAAAAAUCUGUGAUCGUGAGAAGCGUGUGAUCAACCCUGUUCUUCCAAACCUACUAAGCAGUCUUCAGAGCUCGGAAGCAUUUCUCGAACAAUCUGGUACGCGGACCCUAGAUGCGCGCCUGCUGGCUACAACUGACCACUUCCACGACAUACGGCGGGCUCUCAAUGAAACAAACUUCUGCAGCCACAGCUCAGCGCCCUCUUCGGCUGUUGACUACGUACAAGCCAGUAAGAAGGCCACAAAUGCCAGAGAUAGAGACCUCCUGAACUCCUUCAUCGAGCGCUUCCCGGCCCUUCUGAGUCUCACGAUUCCGUCCGUGCGUCCUUUGCCCACAGGGUCGAGUUCCACAAUGAAGGUCGAUAGUCAAGCCGAUGUGUUUGAUGGCAUUUUUGACUCGGAAGCUGAUUAUGUGGAACCCUCCCGGAGCUCCUCAACAGAGGGACGGGAAAACCAGUCACCAGAGAAAUCUGCACAGAAGAGUGGUCUGUCCACCGCUGCCCCUAGUCCCGCCCCGACGCCCUCUGUCGGCUCGUAUAAUACCACCAGUACCUCCUUUGCGACCUGCCUCUCCUGUCUUGGCGAUGCCUGCGACACCUUAACUGGUAUCGACCCGCUUGGUCGAAGGUCUGCCUUCCGCGGUGAGGGGACCUGGCGUGACUUAACUUCCCUCGUCUUCGAACUCUAUUUGCAGCGGCUGUUUGAUCCGGAUCUACGCUCUCUCCUCCUCUUUACCAAUAGCAGCGAUGUACUGUUUAUUAAAAUCUUACGGCUAAAUCUACGCCCUGUUCGAUGUCCCCUUUCUUUCCGUGCUCAGGUGGUUUCCUACAGAGACCAACAAAGACCCACGUGCCUCGCCGAUUUUAUGCUGCCCUAUGGCGCAACUGCAUCCAAAUGCGUGUUUGAGCUUUUAUAUAUCAUUUACGUCAACUUCUGUGCCAAAACAACUGCUUCCCAGAGCCUCUCCUCUAUGGACAGUAUGCGCCAGAACCCAAAUGUGCCACUAGCGCUCGGUCUGCGCGAGACCUCUCAGGACUACCUACCCAGUCUGCGCACUAUUGCUCGGCUUGAGAGCGAUCGACGUUGUUGUUCAGCUCAGCGAAGGUAUGAUCUUGCAGUGUUUUCUGCACUACCACCCUAUCCUUCUCGUUUACAUGAAACAACUCGCGAUGCCGCGGUCGGCAUCGGACCCGCUUCCAUUAUAAGCCGGUGUUCCAAUAUCGGCACCUCGUCUGGUCAAACCUUUUCAGUCUAA